AAGGAGGGAAAAAAAAUUCCGAUCUUUUAGGGUUUCUGGAGGGGAAUUACUUAUUUUGUUUGCUGAAUUGAGGAAGAAGAAAAAGACGAAGGUCGAAAAGGUUUUAUUUUGUUUUGUUUCGGAUAGUUUUGGGUUUCCGACUUUUGAAUUAUUCGAGGAAGGGCAAAGGAGAUGGAGAUGGUGGUGACUUGAAAUUGGAAGGUUGGGCUGUUUCUUCUGAGGCUAAAAAGAAACAGACCGUUGUUAUGAUUAGGGCAGAGUUUGGAGAAAAAGAGAGUUUUCCUCUUUUUGCAGUUAUAUAUUUUUCUUCUGUGGAUAUUGGGGAUGAGGAAUGAUGACCAGAAACCGCAGGGAGUAGUUCAGAGGUCGGGGCGGAGUAAUGGGUUCAUACCAAACUCUUUCCGCACGAUCUCUAGUUACUGGAGGAUCGUCUCCUCAGGAGCCUCUACUGUUGCUUCCUCAGUUCGAUCAGCUGGUGCGUCGGUCGCGUCUUCGAUUGUGGAUAGAGAUGAAGAUGGUAGCCGUGAUCAGGUGCAAUGGGCUGGGUUUGACAAGCUAGAAUGUGAUGGAGAUGUCAUCCGUCAAGUUCUCUUGCUGGGUUAUCGAUCUGGUUUCCAGGUUUGGGACGUUGAGGAAGCUAAUAAUGUGCUUGAGCUAGUAUCCAGGCAUGAUGGACCUGUUUCUUUUUUGCAAAUGCAACCAAAGCCAAUUGCAUCAAAGAGAUCAGAAGACAAGUUUGUAGACGUUCGUCCAUUGCUUGUUGUUGCUGGAGAUGGAAUGCUUUCUGGAGGUGGUAAUAACCAGGAUGGGAAUGCGAAUGUUACUACUUGCCAAGAGUCUGCAAAUGGCAACUUUGUUCCCACAGUUGUUCGGUUUUAUUCCUUGCGGUCUCAAUCUUAUGUACAUAUUCUGAAGUUCAGAUCUGCUGUUUACUCAGUAAGGUGCAGUCCUCGAGUUGUAGCUAUUUCUCAGGCAGCGCAGAUACAUUGUUUUGAUGCUGUAACAUUGGAGAGAGAAUAUACUAUUGUUACAUGUCCUAUAGUUUCGGGUAGUAUUGGUUCUGGUGGUAUUGGCUAUGGACCGCUUGCAUUGGGUCCCAGGUGGUUGGCUUAUAGUGGAAGUCCUGUUUUAGUUUCAAAUACAGGCCGUGUCAGUCCACAACAUCUUACACCUGCUGCAAGUUUCUCUGGUUCUUCAGAUGGCAGCCUAGUGGCACAUUAUGCAAAAGAAUCAAGCAAGCAACUUGCUGCUGGUAUAGUGACCCUCGGAGAUAUGGGAUACAAGAAGCUGUCAAGGUAUUGUUCUGAACUCCUACCAGAUUGCAAUAAUUCUCUGAAACCUGGAAGUCCGGGCUGGAAAAACAACGGCACUGUCAACGGCCAUUUGCUAGAUACAGAUAACAUUGGAAUGGUAAUUGUCCGGGAUAUUGUCUCUAAAUCUGUUAUAACCCAGUUUAGAGCACAUAGGAGUCCUAUUUCUUCAUUGUGCUUUGAUCAUAGUGGAAUCCUGUUGGUGACUGCUUCAAUUCAAGGUCACAACAUCAAUGUCUUCCGUAUAAUACCCCCACUUGCAGGAAAUUCAUCCGGAUCUGAUGCUGGUGGUUCUUAUGCGCAUCUUUACCGGCUGCAACGUGGCUUCACUAAUGCGGUUAUACAGGACAUCAGUUUCAGUGAGGACAGCCACUGGAUUAUGAUAAGUUCCUCAAGGGGAACGAGUCACUUGUUUGCAAUAUCUCCUUCAGGAGGGUCUGUAAACCCUCAGUCUACUGGUUCUGGUCUUAUUAAUGGCAACAAUGGCCUGGGUGUGAUGACUAAGACUGCGGUUCGUUGGCCACCAAAUUCAGGUCCGUCAAAGCUCAAUCAACAGAGCUUUUGUGCAUCUGGUCCCCCUGUUACAUUGACAGUUGUUAGCAGAAUAAAGAAUGGGAAUAAUGGGUGGAAAGGCACUAUGAGUGGUGCUGCUGCAGCUGCGACUGGCAGGGUCAGUUCCCUUUCUGGGGCUAUUGCUUCUGCUUUCCACAACUGCAAAGGAAAUGAUUUGUAUGCAAAUGACAGGUCAUUGAGUACCAAGUACCAUCUUCUGGUUUUCUCUCCUUCUGGUUGCGUGAUUCAAUAUGUGUUACGUCUAUCUAAUGGGCCAGAGUCUGGGACAGUUUUGUCGGGAUUGAGCACUCCUUAUGAAUCAUCUCCAGAUAAUGAUGCAAGGUUGGUUGUGGAAGCACUCCAGAAGUGGGAUAUAUGUCAAAGGCAAACUCGAAGAGAUCGAGAAGAUAAUCUUGACAUUUAUGGUGAACAGGGUAAUGGUAGAAAAAUUUUCCCUGAGGGAGUAAAGAGGAUGAAUCCUAUUUAUCCUUCUGAAGGGCAUGCGCUUACAAAAGUGAAGAUCAAUGCUGAGGAAAAAAAUCAUUUGUAUAUCUCAGAAGCUGAACUGCAGAUGCAUGAAGCUCGGAUUCCUCUGUGGGCAAAAUCUGAGAUAUACUUUCAGGUAAUGAUGAUAGAUGGCGUGAAGACAGUAGGGGAAAAUGCUUCAGGAGGGGAAAUUGAGAUUGAAAGGAUUCCAGCUCGCAUGAUUGAAGCAAGAUCAAAAGAUUUGGUUCCAGUGUUUGACCAUCUUCAGACCCCAAAAUUUCAACAGCCAAGGAUGCCUGCUUUAGAUAACAAUCGAAACUGUUCACCUCAACAAAGGUCUGGCCUGUCUGAAGAUGGGAGGCUUUCAUGCAGAAGCAGCUGUAGCUCUCUUGACUGUAUGUCUGAAGUUGGCACUAUGGUGGGUGAACUUCAGAGUGGCAUUGAAGAAAAUGGUUGGGGUGGUCGCCGAACUUCAUCGGAAUCAACUGAGGGCUUUGUAAAUAACAAUGACAGCCCCAUGACGAAGACUCGGCUCGAGUUUGUAAAUAAUAGAGAGAGUCUGAUGGAUACCGACCUCGAGUUUGUAAAUAACAAUAAAGAGAGCCUGAAGAUGGAGAAUCACUUAGAGAACGACAAUGAGUUGGACUAAAGGUAAAGUAAUUCUGAUUGAACCAGGUGAUGGUUGGACUUCAACUAAGUGUUUCAUCCUCCUCGGGUGUGUGACAAAUUCUUUUUAUUCUCCUACGAGGUUUAUUAACUAGUGUUAAUAUUUGUGGGUGAUAAUGUAGAGAAGAGAGCGGAACAAGAGUUUACUACUACCAGGGAACUGUGGAUAUUGUGGUGGGGAUUCCAUUUCUGUUUGACAUUGUAAAUAGCAGAUUCUUGGAUAUAUUUUCCAAUGGUCAGUUGUAAUAAUAUGUAAAUAAUACAAGCACCAUAAAGUGUUUCCAAGUA